CUGCGGCCUUCCAAAGAACCGCAAGGUAGCUUCAACUCCAAACACCUCCAGAGUCAGCGUGGAAAUCGGCCUCACAACGCAAGCGCACUCGCACCUGCUAGAUAUGAUCAUGCCGCCAGACUCAGCGCCGUGAAUAUUUACAACUCAUCGGCCUCCACAACAGCAUCAUUUUCUCAUUAUCCGUCAUGGCACAGUCGGUGGUGCCAGCGACAAGGCGAAGACGCCGGCGCAGAGCAGACAAGCCUGCGAUUUCGGCAACCCUCCUUCUAGACGCCAAUAUCAAAGGCGAUGUAGGCUACUUGUCCGACGACCUCUUUGCCGAUCUCUUCCCCCAGCUUAGUCACAGAUCAACACAACUCGAUGGAGACAGCGACGAUGCCUCCCCCGGCGUUCAACAUGUUGCCAUUGCCCCUUGGAGCCCUAAAGCUUCCCCGGUUGAUACCGCCUGGACACUAGUUCCCGUGCUCAAGACCACCGACCUCGGUCCCUCCAUCGUCCAGUUUUCUCCCAGGUCCAUGGCCUUACAAGCCUUCCGGACAGCCCUACAACAUGCAGCACCUUCCAAACUCGUUGGCAGCGCUCGUGGCGGAAUCGAGAUCCUCGUCCUUGAUGCCAUUGCCCUGCCCCUCGAUGCCGUUUUCGUCAACAUGGAAAAGGAGUCGAUCAGGCGACUGGAACAGGGAGAGGGUACCUUCUUUGAUCACCACCCAACAUCUGCUAGGGGGAAGUCGACCGCCGCAGGAUCGCCCGAGGAUAACCUGACCGCGGCCCUCCGCGCCGCCCUGGCCACCCUCCCCAUCAUACACUCGGGAGAUCAGUUCCCUCUACCUCUCCCUCCCCACCCUGUCACUCAUGUACCUCCAAACGGCGGCGAAAUUGUUCUCUGCGAACCAUAUAACCAGGGCGUCCUUUCUCCAACCACCAAGAUCGUCCUCAUGCGUGGUAGUGUACGAGCUAAGCGAUCCUUGCCCUCGAGGUCAAAUGGUGUCCUUAACGGUGUUCCCGAGGAAGGUGGCGACGACACUGCCAACGACCAGUUCUAUUCUGCAGCCGAGGAGCGAUACAAGACCGAUGCCCAAGCGACGGAAAUGGAGUCCGUCACGGAAACGGAGGACGACACGGGACUGUCCGGCGCCGACUUUGAUGACGACAGCUCCGACGACUCUAUGGACGAUAUGAUCGGUUUGCAGGUUCCCAUGCUACCCACAUCCACCGCUAGCGGCGUCUCGACCCUCCAGCCGGGCUCCCCUAUGACCAUUGGCCGGGGGAGGAGGACCAACGGCGCAGCGACGCCGGGGUCCGUAUUCUCCUCAUUCACCGCGACAACGGCACGCCCCGAUCAUCGCCCUCGCGGACGACUCUUCAAGGCGCAGGGUUUGAUGGAGCCCAUACCUCAGAUUCUGCUCCAUCCUAAGCCUACCGCGGAGGACGAUGAGGAAGCUAGGAUAUUCGUCGACAUAUCGGCGCUUUUGAAAAUCGGUUGUUUCUCCGGCGAUUGGGUUCGCGUAGAGGCGGCCGAAGAGCCCCCGGCCAGCGUUUUCGGAAGCAUCCCUGCAUUCGGAAGGACGGGGGGCCUGGAGAUGGCGGAUUCUGAGGAGACAGACUGGAGGCCUGUGAGAGUGUACAGCCUGCCCGAAGGAUACGUGCAAAAGCCCGUGACUCGAAUCCCCAGCUCGAGGCAUCUGGGGCGGGAAACCUCCUUCUUUGAUUCCCAGCUUCAGCGACCUACAAGCCCGGUGGCUUACCUUUCCCCGGUCUUACUCGCCAACCUGAGCGGCCCUUCGCAUCUGCGCCUGUCGCCUCUGAAGCCUGUCGUAGCUCCCCAGGGCACCAAGCGAUCCGCCAAAUUCUCAAGAGCUUCUCACCCCCCGUUCGCCCGCGAUAUCACGAUUCAGCAAGUCAGGUCCCCCGUCUCCGUAGAGAGGAUGUACCAGGCGGUCGUCCUGGCCGGUCUGAAGCGGUACUUCGCCGAGAGGAUCCGGCUUGCUAAAGCUGGCGAUCUGAUUGCCGUCCCCAUCGACACAUUGCUGGGCAGGAUGUUUCAGGACGCCCAAGUGGACAAUGUCAUGGCCCUGGCCGCCGACACCGAUACGUCAAGAUUGAGCCAAGUAGUGUGGUUCAAAAUCGGCCAUAUUCAGACUCUGAAGCCGAGCCGCGAAGACGACGAGGACCAGGCUGAGGACCUCUGGAGAGGUGUCGCCUGUGUCGACAGCGAAUCUGUGGGGAUGAACCUGUCCGGCUUCGUUACCAGUCGGAUCCCCUCUUGCCUUUCUAGUACGUGGGAGUACUACACCGCCGUGAAACGAUUACCACGGCGCUCAACACCUACCCCGACCUCAGCUCUGUUGAUGCAUCAUGAAGACCAGCGCUAUAUAUCGCCUUUGAGGCGUCGUUUGCACGCCCUGGUCGCGGCGGCGACCAGCCAAGUGGCCGUUCACGGCAACAUGUCGCCGGUGGCGAUCCUGCUCACCUCCAAUCAUCGCCAUGUGGGCAAGGCGACUGUCGCUUCCGCCGCUUGCUCAGACGCCGGACUGCACACCUAUACCAUAGACGCCAACGACCUACUCAGCGAAGCAGAAGGGAGCGGGAGUGACGUCAAAACGGAAGGUCUCCUGAAGGCCAGAGCCGAACGUGGCCUGAGCUGCGGGCCCGACUGCACGACACUCCUCAUCAAGCACAUCGAGGGUCUCACUGCCGACCGCAUGGUCUCGUCCAUGAAGGAGAUUCUCAGUGAUGCGAGGGUGCUCAUCGCGACGACAAAUGACGUCGACAAGCUUCCGAAGGGCUUGCGGAGCUUGUUCUCCUACGAGCUGGAGAUGGGAGCGCCUGACGAGGUAGAGCGAGCCGGUAUUCUGAAGAGCGUCGUGGAUGAGAUGGGGCUCAACCUGGACCCGGACGUCAACCUGAGCGGCGUGGCUCUCAAGACUGCGGCAUUCGUGGCCGGAGGGCUUGUGGACGUCGUCGAGCGGGCUCGGAUAGCUAGGCGGUCCAGGCUCGAGGACAUGGCGCGCAAGGCGGCCGGCACCGACCGACCUGUGACUGUCCGUGAUAUCGAAGUCUCGGGUGGCCCUCAGACUGCCGGCUACCCUGCGGCACGGUGUGUUACCAAAGCAGACUUCGACAUCGCGGUCGAAAAGGCCCGGAAGGACUUUGCGGGGGCAAUCGGUGCUCCCAAGAUACCCAACGUCACUUGGGACGAUGUUGGAGGCUUGGGGUAUGUCAAGGAAGCCGUACGGGAGACCAUCCAACUUCCGUUGGAACGGCCGGAGCUUUUCGCUCGGGGUCUCAAAAAGCGCUCAGGCAUAUUGUUCUAUGGUCCUCCCGGCACUGGAAAGACCCUCCUAGCCAAAGCAAUCGCGACCGAAUACAGCCUCAACUUCUUCAGCGUCAAGGGGCCGGAGCUGUUGAACAUGUAUAUCGGCGAGUCCGAAGCCAAUGUGCGGCGCGUCUUUCAGAAGGCGAGAGACGCACGGCCAUGCGUCGUCUUCUUCGAUGAGCUCGACUCGGUUGCACCGAAGCGCGGAAACCAAGGUGACAGCGGCGGCGUCAUGGACCGAAUCGUUUCUCAGCUCCUCGCUGAACUGGACGGCAUGUCUGGCGGCAGCGAGGGAGAAGGCGGUGUGUUCGUCAUUGGCGCGACCAACCGGCCGGACCUGCUUGACCCGGCACUGCUCCGUCCCGGCCGGUUCGAUAAGAUGCUGUACCUGGGGGUCGCAGACUCGCAGGAUAAGCAGCUGAAGAUAUUGGAGGCUGUCACUCGGAAAUUCACACUCCAUCCCUCAGUCUCGCUAUCUCGCGUUGCCUCACAACUACCUCAUCACUACACCGGAGCCGACUACUACGCUCUCUGCAGCGACGCCAUGCUCAAGGCCAUCACGCGGCAGACGGCAGCCGUGGACACCAAGAUCGCAGAACUCAAUGCCGACGGCACACGGCGCCACCCCAUCUCCACUGCGAACUUCUUCGACCACCACGCCACGCCCGAGGAUGUCGCCGUGGUGGUCACCGAGGAAGACUUCAUCGCCGCCAACAACGAGCUCGUGCCCUCCGUCAGCGCAGGGGAGCUGGCGCGCUAUGAGACGAUGCGAUCUGGAUUCGAAGGUGCCGGUACCAGCGACGGUGGCCCGGGGGACCGGCCAACGACGGCGACAGCGGGCCUAGCACCGGCCCCAGGUGGAGGAAGGAGGGUCGUAUCCGGCUCCGGGUCGGUUUCUUCGACCACAUCUAAGGGGAAGGGGAAGGGGAAGGGGAAGGCUGUAGCGAGGGACAAGGGCAAGGGCAAGGCGCUGGCUGUAGAUAGCGAGGAGGAAUACGGCUCCGAUAACGAAGCUAGCGGCGCAAACGGGCGUGGGGGGAAGGGGAAGGGGAAAGCCGUUGCUGGGUUUCAGCAGGGGACGGCAAGUGACGAUGACGGCCUCUACUAGGGUUCCGGCGACAUGACAAGCGAAGUCUGUUAGAGGGGGAAUUCAUUCAGUUGUACAAAUCUUGCCAGGUGAAAAGGAAAGAAACAAUGUUAAGAUGGCUUGUGUGAAAUAACGUCGCUUGCCGAGUUGACCGGUU